ACCAAAAUUGUGGUUACCAUGGCAACGGAAAUAGUGAAAACGGGACCUAACUGUGUUGCUUGCAAUACUCGGUCACUUGUUUUAUUUGGUAUUUACUGUUUGCUUACAUGUUAUUUCAGUGGAUUCCCAAGUCAAAGACAGACUGACUUGCAACAAGAUCUUGGCAUUCAUUUGUAAACUAAACUAGCAUUUUGGAACGCUAUAUAGAUGGCUGAUUUGCUUCACAUUGAUUCAUCCAGGGAUGGUACUAGAUGCCUUAACCCACUCAGAGUCUAUGUUGUGCAUGCUGAGGAACCAAGACAGUACAGAAAUGCUAGUAACAGAGAGAUGAAUGUUAUCGAAGCGGUGGUGGCUGAUACUGCUUCCUACCGUAAAAUGUCGGUAUACAAUAAAGCAUCUUUUCCUUUCAUCAAAACUGGACAUUCACUUAUGCUGGUGAACUUUAUUUCAAAACCCACUGAACUGGUGAUAACCAAUGACUGUAAAGUGUUAAUGAUCCCUAAGAUUGAAGUCUCAGAGUCUGUCAAGCAACAGGGUAUGGACAUGGCAAAACAGCUGUCAGGAAGCUACAAUGCACCAACGAUGACUAUUGCUGAGGUGGAAGGAAAACAUGAGGGGACAGUAUUCACCUUAACAGCUGAAGUCACAGAGAUAGACGAUGCCACCCUUGUUAAAACCAUGUCUAACGCUGAGAUAUAUGUCAGAAACGGUUAUCUCGGUGACACUACAUCAGGUAUAGCAUUUGCCUUCUGGAGGAAUGUGGCAGAGACAGAGCUAAACGUUGGAGAUACUGUUCACAUUGCCAAUGCAGUACGUUCAGUUACAUCUGAUGGUCAGCCUAAAUUAACAGGAAGAAAGUACACAACUGUUACGAAGCUUGAUGUCUCACCAUUCACAUCUGUCAUUAGACCAAAACAAACAGGAUCAAAAACAGCAAGUGUCAUAGGAUUAUCAUCCUUCAAGAAAUAUGAAAGCUGUCCAAACAAAACUUGUUUUGGAAAAAAGCUACUUAACAACACAUGCCCAAACUGCAAAAAAAAAACAUACAAUGGAAAAGAAUCCACGAUGUCGGUAGUUUGCAGUGUUAUGCUAGAGGAUGAUGAACAUAACUUUGAUCAAGUCACUUUGUUCACCAAACAGGUCACAGAGAUUUCUUCCCUUGACUUAACCAAAAGUGAACAAUCAUUGCAAGAAGACUUUGUGAAGUGCCUGCCUUGAAAAAUAAACUACACAAAGAGCCCCAAAAAAGACAGCACUAUUGUGCAGUUGAGAAAAUGUUGACUUCCUGAACCACAGAGGAACUAUAACUGUUCCUGUUGACAAUUACAGUUUAAAAAA